AUGGCUUCUGGUCUUCUCAAGCCCCUCGCGGUAUUUUGCAGCCAGUCGCAAUCUCAGCAUUACAUCGAAAGUGUCAGGAACAUUGGAAAUACACGGAGAAGCCUUACUGAACAGCCUCUUCUCGACUGCAAUAAAAACUCCACUCUGAUUGAAACCAGCUUUGACUUGGUUUUGAAAAUGUCAAAUGGACUGGAAGAACAACGCCAGUUAAACCCGACUAUUGUUGAGAUAACGACAUCCGAACCCGCUACCAUAUCUGCCAACCAAUCUACACCGACACAAAACCCUCGACACAAUCGUAUCUUCGCAGAUUACGGCACAGAUUUCAUUUGGCGAGAUCCAGGUGAUGUUACUCCCGAAGAAGGGGAUACUGUGGUAGAUCCAGAAGAGCUACUUACUUCGUCUCCACCGUCAGUCUUGGAGUACUAUGAUGCCUGGGUGAACACAUAUACCGAGAACUUCCUAAAAAGGCGCGAUGAAGCCGGACACUACCAUAUUACGACUUUUGCCACUGGCUCUGAGGAAGUGACUUGGAAUGUGGCAGGAUUUUUGUUGGCGUGGCGCAUUGUGAUGGUACCAGAGGUUGGGAGGCUCGAGUUUACGGCUGGUUCCUCGAAGUAUCUUCUUGAGAAAGGCAAGGAGACAAGCACCACUUUGCAAUUUGAUUUCGAUGCCUUUUUGAAUCCUGGCCCCGAGUCGGAUGGAGUUGGGUUCUCAGUUGAUGUCAGAGAGGAGCCGAUGCCGAGGGCUGUUACCCCGGUCCAAAGGGCCAAGGCUCCGUGGGCCUUCUACCUUAGCUUUAACCUUAUGCGUUACCAGAGUUGA